AGCAGCGUCUUGAAACUCCUUUCACAUCUUACUUCUCUGUUGUUUUUCUCUUCUCAUCCGAUCCCAUCCAGGUCAGACAGGGAUGAAAUAGACUCUAACCGCAAACACACGAGCUCUCUCACGUACAGACCCUCGCUAUAAAAGACAGGGACAUCAGAGGGGCUGGUGGAGUCAUGACGGAGAGCGGCGGGGCUCUGGAGCGCCUGAGGAGGUGUUGCAUUCCCUUCCGUUCACCACAUAGUCAGUUCUGGCCUCCAUCUUGCUGUGCUCCAGACACAGCCAUGGCUGCUUUCAAGGGCAUCUGGACUCAAGAGUUCUGGCGCUGUGUGGCGGCCGAGUUCUUCGCCAUGCUGCUCUUCGUUCUGCUCAGCCUCGGCUCAACCAUCAACUGGGGGGCCGCGGGGAAGGACGUCCAUCCUCCUGACCUGGUGCUCAUCUCGCUCUGCUUUGGCCUGAGUAUCUCCACCAUGGUGCAGUGUUUCGGCCACAUCAGUGGCGCUCAUAUCAACCCGGCAGUCACAGCAGCUAUGGUGGUGACCAGGAAGCUUAGUCUGGCUAAGGCAGCCUUCUACUUUCUGGCCCAGUGUGUAGGAGCAAUAGUGGGGGCGGCCAUCUUGUAUGGCAUCACUCCAGCCUCUGUUAGGGGAGGCCUGGGCGUCACUGGGGUGAAUACAAGCAUCUCUGUAGGAAACGCUCUGGUUGUAGAGCUCUUCAUCACCUUUCAGCUCGUCUUCACUGUGUUUGCAACCUGCGACCACAAACGUAAAGACCUGAAGGGUUCCUCUGCUUUGGCUAUCGGCCUGUCCGUGUGUAUCGGUCACCUGUUUGCUAUUCCCUACACUGGAGCCAGUAUGAAUCCUGCUCGAUCCUUUGGUCCAGCUGUGGUCACGUGGUCCUGGGAAAACCACUGGGUGUACUGGGUUGGUCCACCACUGGGUGGCGCUCUGGCUGCAGCCCUGUAUGAACACCUGUUCUGUCCAGACCAAGAGAGGAGGAAACGUUUCUCAGAGACCUUCAACAAGACGCACUUCACCGCUACCAAACACCGGCAGGAUUCAGUCACGGCUCAGGAGCCUCUGUUCACUGUCAUGGAUGUGGAGAGAGCUGAGAGGAGGGACAGGGAGAGGGAGAGGGAGGUAUCAGGCGAGGUGUUGUCCUCGGUAUGACUAGAAAAGAAGCACAGCGCUAAUGUCCAGACUGCUGAUCAACAGUCCACUCUGAAAGAAACUAACCUCCUGUAGGCUGGCUCAGAUGACACUAAAACACUAAAACACUACAGAAGGAAGGAGAAGAAAUGCAAGACAGAGGGGGCUUGAGUGGUUAGAGAGCAGAACGCCCUGAGAAGCCAGUUCCCAGCUGGAAGUUUCCUAUGCAUCUCCAUUGUGCUUAUCAACAAAAGCUCCAAAAGCAAACAAGACUACAGGGAACAUUUGAAAGAUGGGGUCCUUAUUUCAGCCAACAAACAGCCAGAUUCCUUUUGUCUAUUUUAGCUGAAGGGCUGCAGGUUUUGCAAAAUGGAAUAAAAAGAAAAGAAGGGAAAAAACAAUUUUGUGCUCAUCCAUUAUGUAUUUUAGGAUGUUCAUCCUAUUUAGGGGAAAGAUGGGGGAAAAAAUACAAACUGCCACUGCACCUACAGUGUAUUUGAAAAGAAAAGCAGGUGCAAAAUUUGUGGCAGCGUUUCAACACUAAGAGACUCUGCAGGAAGCACAGUGAGUGACAGCAAAGAUUAGAUAAAUUUGUCCCAUUCCGAGUAAUUUUUCAGACAACAAAACAUGUUAAUCGAUGGCAAUAAAAGCACAUGGACAAAUUAAAGGACGCUCUAUAAGCAUAACAACCCAGAACAAUAAGCAGCAGUGUAAGAAGUGAUUUCACCUGUCUUUCCCUUGCUGUUUCCUUCUUGAGCUUCACUUUUUCUGAUGUUCUAGUUCGCCAGAAGAAAACUGCCACACUGAGAAGUCGAUGCUCACAGCAGGCUCCUUCUGUGUUAUGAUGUAAGCAACCAACAAUACUUGUUAGGUAAAACAUUAAAUUUUCAUAGCCUCGGGAGGCCAUUUUAAUUUAUUCACUGAUCUUUUUGUUGUGCUGACAACGUUGGUGCAUUUCAUGAAUAUUUUCUCACAUAUACGGCCGUCUUCAAGAGCAGUAUUCAGUAUUAAGUUCAGCAGAGUUAAAGAAAGAAAACUUUCAUUGAGUGUCAUUGUUUUCCAGACACGAAGAAGAUACAGUUAUGAGAAAAUAUCAUAAAGUCAAACUAGUGUGUUUUUUUGACAUACUUAGACACCCUUUGGAAUAGUGCCUACAGAUAAAGGUGACAUACUUAAAUGACAAAACAAGGAGCAUUAACUUUUCAAUCAUUUACUUCACAAAAACAUCAAUAGAUGUAAUGUUUCUGGUUUCAUCCCCAACAGUCUCUAAAUUGACCUGAUUCUUGACAACUCCUGAAAACAGCCCAGUUCCUCAGGCAGCAAAGCAAACCCAAACCAAAACAUUUAGACCACCAGGCUUCAUUGUUAGUCUGAGGUUCUUCUACCGAAAAGCUGCCAGUCAUGUCUACGGUUACUGUGACCACACAAAUCAAUGUUUGAUUCGUCCCUUCAGAGCACGAUAUUCCAAUAGACUUGAUCUAUGCCUUUAUGUUUAAUGCAAACUUUAGUUGAGUGCUAAUGUUCCAUUUGGAGAGCAAAGACUUUUUUUUCUGACAUGCCUCCCAUGCGGGUCAAAUUUAUUCACUUUCUUUCUGACUAUGCAGCACUUUGACAUCAACAGUAGUAACAGUACCUGCAGAUCCUCUGAUGAAUUGUUGGGCUUCUCGUAAAUUUCUUUUUGCAUCAAACACUCUGCUCUUGGGCCGAAUUUGCUGAGGCAGCCAGUUCUGGACAAAGUGGCAGUUAGAUGAAAUCCACACCACUUGUGGAUGAUUUAUUUGAGAUAAAUCUGAUGCCAGAUGAUGACAUCCCACACUUCAACAGCAAAGAGAGCCGCAGAGCAGAUCAGUGAAACUCACCCUGCGAUGGAGUGCCAACUCGGCUGUAUUGAUUGACUCUGAGUCAUUUAUAUAGCAAAUGUUCAAAAAUGUCCCUUGGCUGUUGCUCCGUUAACUUGAAAAUAAAUAAUUUCAAAGAUAAA